CCGCCCCCUUCCCCAGGAUCUCCCGGCCCGACACCCCCGGUCGCCCCAGCUGAAGGCCGGCUACAGGGUACCCCAGGCCGCACGUUUGAAGGGCUCGCCCUCAGACAGCAUCGAACCUCCGCACACCGACUUCUCGCGAGGUUUCGUUGCCCCCCCCGCCUCCCCGCCGCCUCUUAGGUCUGCUGCGGGCAGCUCCCGCAAUGGCUGCACUGCGGAGGCUCCUGUGGCCGCCGCCUCGGCUCCCGCCUCCGCUCUGCCCUCACCAUCCCUUUCCUGGGCGGUGGGGGCGGCCUGCGGGGGUAGCCGCGGGCCCGCCUGGCCGGCCCUUCUCCUGCCGGGAGGAGGAAGAGGGGGCUGUGGCUGAGGCGGCUUGGAGGCGGCGGAGGCGCUGGGGGGAGCUGAGCAUCGCGGCAGCGGCCGGCGGGGGUCUGGUCGGCCUUGUGUGCUACCAGCUGUAUGGAGACCCUCGGGCCGACUCCGCGUGGGCACCCGCCCUGGGGCGCCCCUCGGAGAGCUCGGCCGCAGAGCCGGAGGACCCGCCCCGCGGCCGGGGGCUGCUUCCCAUCCCGGUUGCGGCUGCCAAGGAAACGGAAUUAAAUCAAAUGCUCUCAGAAACACCACCAGUUUGGAAAGGAUCAUCAAAGCUUUUUCGUAAUCUUAAAGAAAAAGGUGUGAUUUCUUACACAGAAUAUCUUUUUCUUUUAUGUAUUUUAACAAAGCCACAUGCAGGUUUUAGAAUAGCUUUCAACAUGUUUGACACUGAUGGCAAUGAGAUGGUGGAUAAAAAGGAGUUUUUAGUGCUUCAAGAGAUAUUCAGGAAAAAAAAUGAAAAGAGAGAAACAAAAGGAGAUGAAGAAAAGCGUGCAGUGCUGCGUCUUCAACUUUAUGGAUACCAUUCUCCUACUAAUAGUAUUUAUGAGAAGACUAAAAUUUACAGCGCCACUGUAUAUCUUUAACCUUAGAUUAAACUAAGGAAAAUCUGAGUGAACAACCACCAAAAGCUCUGGUAAAAUAAUGAAAAUUUUAUAUUUUUCAGCAGUGUUUGAAGAGUUAAAUACAAUUUAUGGAGCAGAUUCUCAGGCUAUGCUCCUGCAGAACACAGGUAUUUUAAGAACUAGAUCUCUCCAUCUGAUACAGUCUUUUCUCAACUCUAAUAAAGAGAAUAUUAAUAGAUAGACUUUUCUUAGUCAUUAGUAUUUUUGCAAAAUUUUUCUAAAACUUUUGAUGCCUGCCUACUGCCUGUGGUCUAUACAAAAGCCUGGUAUGAUACCUGAUAUAUUUAAUAUAUCAAUGUAUCAUGUUAUUUCUCAAAGAGGAUUAUGAUUUUCAGACUCUUCUUUUCUUGAAAAAGUUGAGAAUUCCUGCAAAUACCUUCCAGAUAUUCUUAUGCUAAGCUUUUCUUCUUUCCUUCCUCCUAGAAAGUCAGAGCUUGUUGGUUAGCCCAGCUCCUAAACAACUGAGAAUAGGCCAUGGCCCCUUUUGAAUGUAAACAUGCACAGUUCAUUGAAUUUCCCCAACGAUCCUUAAGUCACUUGGAAGGAUCUUUCAAAUUAUCCCCCUGAGAGGAGCCCUUCAAUUCAGGUUACCUGACUAAGUAUCCUGCUUGAAAGUGUUACAGUCGUAAGUGUGCAACUGUAAAGCAGGUGUGCUGUCUCCUGUGUUGGAGAGUUGAUCAAAAUUCCAUACUAUAAAAAUUAACUCUGUUCUAGAUUUGAACAUAUAUUGGAGGAUGAUUCAGCAUAAAAUAAACCCAAGGUAUCUUGCUUCAGUCACAAGGAAUGGACCUAGAACAGGUUGGAGAAUAAGCCAAGUCCAUGGGACCCUUAUGACUAAUUGUUUUGAUAACUCACAAGUACUUUAAAUUUUUACUACAAAAUUCACUACUGUUUCCAGUAAAUAAAGUCUGCCAUUUUCUUAAAAAUUUUAAUGUUCCUCUAGUAAUCAUUUCAAAAAUUUGUAAGAAUGUAUAAAAUGAAAAUCUCAUAGAUUAUAAUGCCAUAUGCCAUUUGAAACUUAAUAAAUGUUAAUAAUAUUUGUGACUUUAACUUAUUCUUCUAAUCUCAUGUGUCAUUGCAUGAGCCAUUUUUCCAACUGUGACAUUUUACAUUUUUCCUUUAAACUCAAAUAAUUUUCAUAUAGAUGAUGAUGUGGUUU